GUUGCCAGCGGCCGCCUGUCGCCCCGCUCACCGUCGCGCAGCCCUGCGCGUUCCGCUGACGGCAUCGGGCCGCGCCGUGACGUCAGAAAGGCGCGCCGGGGCGGGGCGAGGCCUACGCGAGGAGGGAGCCGCUGCGGCCUGCGCGGGCCCGCGGGUGUCAUGAGCCAUGGAGCCGGGGCGACAGACGCUGCCGCUGGAGAACGCCUCCAUCCUCUCCGAGGGCGCCCUGCAGGACGGGCACCGCCUCUGGAUCGGCAACCUCGACCCCAAGAUCACCGAAUACCACCUUCUCAAACUCCUUCAGAAGUUUGGCAAAGUAAAGCAAUUUGACUUUCUCUUUCACAAGUCUGGUGCUCUGGAGGGUCAACCGAGGGGUUACUGUUUUGUGAACUUUGAAACCAAACAGGAAGCAGAAAAGGCGAUCCAAUGUCUCAAUGGGAAGCUGGCCCUUUCCAAGAAAUUGGUGGUGCGGUGGGCACAUGCACAAGUCAAGAGAUAUGAUCAUAAUAAAAAUGAGAAGAUUCUUCCAAUCAGUCUGGAGCCAUCUUCCAGCACGGACCCACCCCAGUCUAACUUAAGUGUCAGUGCAAAAAUAAAGGCCAUCGAAGCCAAGCUGAAAAUGAUGGCAGAAAAUCCAGAUGUUGAAUUUCCAGCAACACCUGUUUAUUCUUACUUCAAACCACCAGAUAAGAAAAGGACUACUCCUUAUUCCAGAGCUGCAUGGAAAUCCAGAAGAUGAUGCUUAUGAAUGGAUAUGGUAGCAAGAAACACUGCUCUAUGUACCUGGAAUCCUCCAACGCUUUUGUACUUUGUCUAGUGAGAAGGAAACUGCCACCUGAGCACAGUAUCAAUAUAUAUGACACAGUGUUUUAUGACACCUUAGGUGGUCUGCAGAAUACUCCUUAUUGCCAGUGUAGCUUCACAGCUGAAUGCUGUCCAGAAAAGUAAGUUCUGUUCAAAGCCUAUGAUGAACACCCAGACAACCUCUUGUUAGUGUGCAUUCAGUAGUGAGACUAGAAACAAUAACCAGUGUAUGGAGUAAAGCACAUCCAAAAUGUUCCAUUUAACUGCUUACUUUCUAAAGUAUUUUUAAACAAGGGGUAUUCCACUUCGUGUUUUUUAAUGGACAGAAAGCACUUGGUUAUGAGUGACAUUCUGUAGUUACCAUGGAAAACUUCUUUUCAUCUCAAUAAAACUAAUUUUAAAUGGAUCUUGCAACAAUUCUAGCAACUGUGCUUUUGCAAUAUUCAUAUGCACUGAAUAAAUUAAUUUUGCCUUUUGAUUUGCUUGCUUUAAGACAAAGGUGGUCAUGACACAGCACAGACAUUUUCAUGUAGUUUGUAGGUAUGUGCCUCUGUGUUGGAAUUGGUAACUUUACGCACCACUGAGGUCUGUUCUGUGCUGUAAGCUUCACAAGGCAGCGGUGGCAUUUCUAGUGUUCCCAUUCAAUAAUCCCCUUUAGUGGUAGUUCUUCAUAAACCAAAUGUGACGGCAUGAGAGUAACAUCGCUGCUUCAAAGGCGUCUGUCAGGCACAUGACCUCCGCAUUUACCCCCCAACCAGUCUGACUUCUGUUUUUUGCUGGCUGGUAAAGAUGGUUGAUUAUGUCUCUUGGUGUAACGUGAGUGGCGCAAGCGUUUGUGGUGAGACAGUGCUACUGUAUGAUCGAGGAUUAUCUGUAGGAGGUGUUUAAUAUGCAAGUCUAAUACAUAGCAUUUUGCUUAAAUCAUCCGACAUACAGUGCAUUCUUUUCCCCAAAUGUUCUCUGCAAAUUUGAAAGACCCGGGGAGAGGCCGUCGUCCGGCAGCAUUCUCCUUUGUGCACGUAGUGCUGCAGACUGUGUACAAGAGGGAUGCUGGGGAGCGUGCGCUCUCCGGGACAGCGGAUACUGUUCUGAUUUUUGCCAAUGUCCAGUUUAGCACUUGAGUCCUUGCAGUAGUGAAUCUUCGCCUCACCAGUCACUCUCAAGUUGCUUCAGCAACAUGAUGAACAGUGAUCUUGGAGAAGAGGAGAACAUGGUAUUUAAGCAGACCCUUGUUUCUCUAUGCAGGUGUUGCUCACUUUUUUAGCAAGAUAGGUUUUGUGUUCCUGAAGCAGUACGCCUGUCCUAGAGUGUAGGGCAUGCUUCACGUGUACGUGUGUAUGAUGGAUGGAUUGUUAAAAGCCUAAAUUGUUUAAAAAGUAGGUGUCUCGCUAUUGAAUAUUUACUUUCUAAUUUUCUUUGGAUACUUGACUAAAGAGAAGUUGUAUCCUUUAGAGUUUGUACCCCGUGAAUGACAAUUACACCUAUUUACAUUCCUCUGUGAA